AUGUCUGAAGUUAUUCCAGUCGGGUAUAAAAAUUAUUUAAAACGAGUUUCAAGUAAAGUCCAAAAAAACAUUUUUGCGUUGAAACAAAUACAACAAAAAAUGGAUAUGGAAGAAAUGAAAACAGUAGAAACUCGUUUUCAACAAACUCAAAAAUUACUAGCUCUUGAGAAACCAAUCACUGAUAGGAUUGUGUCUCUUAUUAAUGGGACUACUCAAGCUGAUAAAACAGUAGAUUGCUCAUCAAUUAAAGUACCUCCAAAUCCAUCAAAACACUUUAAAGGGAUUCCUGCUUUUUGGCAUAGAAUUUUUAUUAUUGAAAAUCUUUCUGAUGAAUCAGAUAUGAAAUGUGAUAAAGAAAUUUUAAGAACUUUAAAAGAUAUUCAAUUAAAUAAUAGUUUGAAAGCUGACACUGAAAAAGGAAGUAUUCAUCACCAAAGAACAAUACAAUUUGACUUUGAUGAAAACCAAUACAUGAAACCACAAAGUGUUUCUGUUCAAUUAACUUUUAACAGUAAAAUCGGCUCUAACUCUCAUGAUAAUGCUGAAGUUAAAAUUCUACAACCAUUUGUUUGGAAAGGAGCUAAUCCUUAUGAGAAAAUGGAUGUAAACGAUUUUACUUUUUUCCUUCCUUUCUUCCUCAAAGAUGAUAUUAAAGAAUAUAUGCUUUGGUUUAAUCGUAUUUACGACAUCAAAAGUUUUAUGGGAUCUUCUUUAUUAACAUUCAAAGAAAGAUUGCAUGAUUCAGAUGCUAACGAUAAUAUAUCAAUGGACGAAGAUAGUUAUUAUGAUGAAGAAGAUGAAGAGGAAGAUGAACCACGGAAAAGAACAAAAGAUAGUUCACAAGAUUGUCAACCCAAAAGAAAAGCAACUGAUCAAGAAUGCAAACAUCAAUAA